AGAAGUGGGGGGAAGGCUGAAGUGUGUAGGCCAUUGCUGGAUGGGGGUCAAGGGCUCAAAAAUUUCGGCGCGGGCGUUAAACGUGCUUUCUCUCCCCUAGCCGCCCUCUCCACGACUUCCGUUGGCAGCCAAACCCCAUAUUCCAUGCACUCACUCUCAGCGCUCACAACACAUGGCACGAACACCGUCGUAACUGGCAAGAACUCAGGGCACAAUUCUCCUCGAGUCCAGCUUCUCAACGCUCAUCAGGCUGUAUAACCCGAAAGUAGUAGCUCCUGCGAAGUGCUGAGUGAAGCGAGGUUAUGUACGUCCACACCCUUGGAUAGCUGGUGGCGUCAUCCAGCGCGAGCUGGUACUGUCACCGUGGACGGGCCGCUCAUGCCGUACUUCAAACACAGCUAACGUUUGUUCAUAUCUACAGAGACAUAGCUAUUCCA